AUGUCUGUCAAAGUUGCCAUCAUCGGCGCAGGCCUAAUUGGCCCCCGCCAUGCCCAAUCUGUCCUCUCAAAUCCAUCCACAGAGCUAGUCGGGCUGGUAGACCCCGCUCCAACAGGCGCAGCCACCGCCGCCGAAUUAAAGACAAGCUACUUCCCUUCCGUAUCAGCCCUUCUAUCCUCCCCAGACAAACCAGACGCAGCAAUUGUUUGCACGCCAAAUCACACCCAUGUUCCCGUCGCAAAGGAACUCCUAGGAGGCGGCGUUCACGUCCUCCUCGAGAAACCAUUCAGUGAAACCCUAGAAACAGGCCGCAGUCUACUGGAAUACGCAAACGCGCCUGAGCGCGCCCAUCUCAAACUUCUAGUCGGCCAUCACCGCCGUUUCAACCCCUAUGUACGCGCGACUAAAUCCGUUCUCGACUCCGGCUCCCUAGGACGUCCAAUCGCAAUCAACGGCCUCUGGACCAUCUGCAAACCAGCAGCAUACUUCGCACCACCAGGUGACUGGCGCGCAUCCCGUGCCCGAGGUGGCGGCGUGAUUCCCAUUAACCUCGUCCACGAUAUCGAUUUAAUGCACCAUUUCUUCGGCCCCAUCGUCCGCGUACAAGCCGAGAAGACUCUCCCACAACGCCCAAGUCCACCCCACGACGCAGAUGAAGGCGGCGCAUUAACACUGCGCUUUGCAUCGGGUGUUGUUGGUACAUUCAUCGUCUGCGAUGCUACGCCUUCCCCGCAUAACUUUGAGACUGGCACCGGGGAGAACCCGCUUAUUCCCCGUUCGCCUACGGGUGAAGGUGCAGACUUUUAUCGUAUCUUUGGCUCCGAUGCGUCGCUUAGUGUGCCGGAUUUGACCCGGUGGAGUUAUGAUGGGCGACCUGAGAAGAGUUGGUCUCAGACUCUGAAUGUUGAGAAAAUUCCGCUGCCGGAUGAGUCCGCGCCUUUUGAUUUGCAGCUUGAGCAUUUUGUGGAUGUUAUUAGGGAAAAGGCGGUGCCUAGUUGUUCUGGGGAGGAGGGGUUGAGGGCUUUGGUUGUUUGUGAAGCUGUUCAGAAGGCCAUGGAAACUGGUCAGCCUGUUGAGAUUGCGGUUGAUUUGUUGACAUGA